UUCACUCAAAAUUCAAAAUGAUGAGCAGGAACUGGGUUUCCAUGGCGGUUCUUUCGUUCACGGUUGCGUUCCUAGCGACAACAGUAAUGGCCCAAGGCAAUAUGCCAGAAACUGACGCUUUAGCUGCAACGCCGCUCAGAUAUAAUUAUUAUGAAGGACAAUGUGAAAGGGAUGUAGAGGAAAUGGUGUGGUCUACGAUGCAGAGAAUAGUACUGAUGCAACACAACGCACCCGCCCAACUCUUGCGCCUGCUCUUCCAUGAUUGUUUCAUUGGGGGCUGUGAUGCAUCUGUUUUGCUUGCUGACAGUAGUAAGAAUGAGACUGUUGAACGUGAGGCAAUCCCAAAUCGGACGCUGAAAGGCUUCAAUUUCAUCGACAUGAUAAAGGAUGAAAUUGAGGAGGCAUGCUCUGGGGUGGUCUCUUGUUCUGAUAUCCUUGUCCUUGCAACAAGAGAUGGUGUCGUUCUGGACAUAAUAUUGGGAAGAUUGGUUGUCCAGAGAAUAACAGCACCAUCAACAAUAUGUUCAAUGAACGAAUAGCUAGGAGUCUGAGUGAGUCUGCUAUGUCAUACUCUCGGGGACUGUCCGCAUUUUCCUCAGUUGGAGCGUCAUUUGAUAAUCACUAUUACAAGACAUUAAUGAGAGGAAGAGGGCUACUGUUUGCUGAUCAACAGUUGAUGGCUAAUGAAAAGACUGCAGAAGUGGUGAUUGAUUAUUCUUUGGAUGACGGGACUAUGUUCCGAACAGAGUUUGCUCAUGCCAAUGGCUAAAUUGUCAGAUUUUGGCGUUCUUACUGGAUCCCAAGGAGAGGUUCGGCAUAGCUGCUCUCAUCUGAAUUCUAACCAGUGAGAGCUACUGAUUGGAGCAUUUAUGUACAAUAUGAUAUAGACUAGUUACACUUACUUCUUUUGUGUUGAAGCAGUGAUACUUAAAAGGAAUUUGAUCUUAUUGGAUUAAGAAACAAGUGCUAAAUUGCAAAAGCAUUUAGGGUCAUAUCCC